CGGAGGGCCUGGCUGGGCCCCCACCCGCGGCCCGCCGCCAUGGACCCGUUCCUGGUGCUGCUGCACUCGGUGUCGACCGGCCUGUCGAACGACGAGCUGACCGAGCUCAAGUUCCUGUGCCGGAGCCGCGUGGGCAAGAGGAAGCUGGAGCGCGUGCAAAGCGGCCUCGACCUCUUCAACGUGCUGCUGGAGCAGAACGAGCUGGACUCCGAGCACACCGAGCUGCUGCGCGAGCUGCUCGUCUCCCUGCGGCGCCAGGACCUGCUGCAGCGCCUGGACAGUUUCGAGGCGGGCGCGGCGGGCAGGGUCCCGCCGGAGGAGCGAGACCUGCGUGCCGCGUUUGACAUCAUCUGUGAUAAUGUGGGGAAGGACUGGAGAAGACUGGCCCGGCACCUUAAAGUGACGGACGUCAAGAUCGAUGCCAUCGAGGAGAAGUAUCCCCGCAACCUGACAGAGCAGGUGAGGGAGUCGCUGAGAGUCUGGAAGAGCACCAAGAGGGAGGACGCGACAGUGUCCCACCUGGUGAGGGCGCUCAGGGCCUGCCAGCUCAACCUGGUGGCCGACCUCAUCGUGGAGGAUCAGCAGGCCCGGGGCCUCGAGGACGAGGACGUGAGCGGUAGAGGUGGUGGCAGCAGCAUCGCUGGGUCCCUGACGUCCUGCGACUCAGAUGGACCCACCUUGGGGGCCCCCUGGUGACCCGGCUGCUCUGCUCCAGGGGCCCGAGGGCAUCCGCACAGCCCGAACUUGGGGCCCCCACACCAAGGUUGACCAAGUGCCUCCACGCGCUGGUGCUGUGAAGACCUAGCAGUGAGCCAGGACGAGGGACCCCAGGGCUCGAGGCACGGCUGGCCUCUCCGAGCCGGCCUUCACUGCGUGCUUGCUCCAUGCCCGGCGGGGCUUCGGGCGCCGUGCACGUGCUCUCAUUCCUGCCUCAUGAUCGCCCUUGAGGGGGAGAGUCUUUUGUCCCUGGAAAUGAGUCCCUGCAGGAGGAAGCUUUGGGUCCGUGCCCAGCACGAGAAGGAACGUCGGAGUCAGCAGUGAUCAGUGUUGGUACUCUACAGGGGGGGGCCCCGUGUGCGGUCAGCAGCGGGAGGAAGUCCGUAGCAGGGGGCGAGCCGAGGGUAGAGCCGAGGCUGUCAGGCUCCAGAGCCCACACGGUCGGUCGCCCCUGGGUCACUCUGUUGCUGCCACAGUUGGCCAGAGGCUGUGAGGCCAUCCGCGUAGACCUGAACACCAGGGGAUGCCCGGUGGGCUCCUGGCCCUUGAGGGUGUCAGGAGGGGAUAGUAAAACUUGGGAGGACGGCCUGUGAUGGAACUGUUAAGUGCUCAGGGAUGAUUGACACGGUGCUCUACAAACGUUAAUUCUUAGAAAUACUAGGACUUCUGUGGUGCCAUAGUUUAUUACUGUUUUGUAUCAAAAUCACCAUUCUGAUAACAGGAUCCUGUAAUUUUAAAAAGUGGACUUUCUGCUUCUAAGGUAAUCCUGCUAAAGCUUAUUUCUUUACAGUGGAAAACUCCAUAUUAACAAAGAACUUUACAUUCCUAUUAAGGAUUACUUCACUUCUCAUAUUCUCCAAAGUCCCCUUGUGGUCAAUUUCAGUACCCCUUGCCACUUUUCUUAGGCUGAACCGUGAACAGGGUAGCUGGACUUCAUAACAGCUCCAGGAGCCAGUAACAGUGGGAGCAUUUGCGCUCAGCAAACUGGUCUGGUAGAGGCCACCUUUCACUGGCUUCGGGCCCACCUGCCGCUGAGGGGCAUCAGAGAGCCAAGGGGCCGUCCCUCGUUCAGGCCUUCCAGCUGUGACCUUGGGAAAGCCACACGUGAUGUCAUGCCAUGUCACCGCGGCCUUAGAUGGCUGAGGUCCUGAGCACACUGUCCUGCUAAGCUAUGGACCAGACUUCGGGCCCCUGCACGCCUUCAGCAAGUACGUGCUGGUUCCGGGCACGGCGAAGGGCUGGGGCCACCACAGGAAAUGAGAGAGACGUGGCCCUGCACUGUAGACCUCAAGCUCCCGGCCAGGAACCCAAGUUGAAGCAGUCACAAGCUCAGGGUGCCGCCGAGGCCCCGAGCCCAUUUCAAGCCCACACCAGCGCGGCCUGGCCCUGUGUGGUGCGCUGUGCGUUUCCCCACCUGCCGGCCAGCGCCCCUACCCUUCAGGCGGAGGGGCAGAGCUAGCUCUGUGGGUCACAGACACGUCGGCACUGUCGAUACAUGUCAGAGGCUUGGCUGACGGGUAGCUUUGGGAAGUAGGCUUGCUGAAAAAUAUGUCCCUAUUUCUUGAACAGAGGCAGAUUUCAGAGGUUCUUCCAUUCCCUCAUGGCUUAGGAGAUAAGCUAGUGAAAGGGUAAAUGCCAGACAUCCUGACAUGCGCCCGACAUCCCCCUGCAUGCCUCUCACACCCGGAAGAAGCACCCAGCCGUCCAUCACACCACGAGUCGUGAUAGAGGCUUCGAUGACCUGUGACUUCUGCACCUGAACUCUUCCAUGGCCGGCGAGCAGACAGGGCCCGGUCCCCAGCUCUGCCACCGGCUCGCUCCUGUGGCCCGUCUCUCCGUCCUGCAUACUGUGAAGGCACCGGGUGUCGUCCGUCCCCCCCGUACCCGCCCCCUGCACUCGCACCCCAGGACCUCCAUGGAGAGCAGCUCCUGGCCGCGCGGUGAGGGAGACAGAGCCGGGCUCUGGAGCACCGCACGUGACCUCUCGAGGCUGAGAUCUGAUGCCGAGACUCGGAAAAGAUGGUGGGCGAAGAGAGGCUCCAUCCUGCGCCUGUAGGCCAUGCGCGCCACCCACUCCCCGGGGCCCGGAGGUGGGCCGGCCCCCGGACCAGGGCAGAGCUGUAGAGCCUGGUGACGGGGGUACCUGCAUAAGCAGCCGCCCCCCCAGCAGAUGCUGGUGGAGCCGAUGGAGGCGCCCAUUUGUUCGGCCAGUUCACACAUCCGCGGGCCGGAGGCUCCCGCCCUCACCAGCACCGUGCCAGGCUUUGGGGCACGACAGCGGGACAAGCAGCCUGCCCUCAGGAAGCACACAGCUUCCCUACUUUGUGAAACGAAAGGGAAAGUGUAAUGAAAGUAAACACAAGCCUGCCGCAAAAGCACAAAUGCCUACGUGGGCACUGGAGGUGGAAAGAUGCAUGGCAAAUCUUCAAAAAUGAUUGUUUCUAAAUGAUAUUUAUACUUCCUGUAUUUUCUACGUUUCCUGUAAUGUGUUUUCAUUGUCCACCAGAUGCAGGAGUAGGUGUAACCUGGACUGUUUGGUGGGAGUGUCCCCAGAGAGCCACGGAGCAUGGGGUCCACCCCUGGCUCUGCCCCUCGUGGCUUCAUCACCCUAAAGGACGAUUCAGUAGCUAUAAAGUGCUUGCCCAGAUCUGUGGCAACUUGUUCCUCAGGUACCUCGAAAAUAAGCAGUGACAUUUCACCCAGAGCCACGGAGCUUCUGUUCCUCAUGAUCUCACGACAAUGGGGCCAGCCCGUGGCCGCUGGUCCUAAGAUGUCGCAUGUCACUCUCACAUCUGAGCAUUUUCCCCACCGUUGAUUUGAACCAGCGCUUCAAGGGAGAAGGUGUUUUGGGAUGGGUCUGACUGACAUCCGAUCGGAACUAGGACCUUUGUGAUGGGACCAGUGACACCCUGCCGUGGCUAGGGGAGUGGCUACAAUUUUUAGAGGAAUUUUUUAUUGUUAUGUUAAUCACCAUACGUUACAUCAUUAGUUUUUGAUGUAGUGUUCCAUGAUU